CCUCAAUAGAUCAACAUGAGGUUAUUUAUCAUUCUUCUUUAUGCUGCUGUAACUCUGGCUAAUAAGCUUGCUAUAAAAUGCAUUAAAAAUUGCCCACCAGACGAGUACGAAGUGUCGUGUUCCUGGGAUAGAGUUUGUUAUUUUGAAGCAGAAACCGAUUGUAUUCUUGAGAUGGAGACCUGUUUGCGUAAAGCUUACAAUCAGCCACGUUUUGUUAAAAAGAGAGAGGGAUAUUGCAUAAGAAAGCACUAUCCAAAGAAAGCAGUACCUUGUGAACCUAUGGAACCAACUAUAACUCUGCCGAAUGACAUUGGACAUAUGAAUGUUUGGAAUCCGAACUUAUUCGCCACAACAGGUGAUGAUGAUGAUAUAUAAUCGAUUGAUACCCAGAAAACCGUUCUUUAGUUUAUUUGGCAGCUUUUAAUAAA